UUUGCAGCCAGUGUCUUCACGUGAUCUUCCUUGGACAGGGGGAUGGAGGGUCUUUCAUCUGGAGGUUCCACCGAGAUCGGUGUUCUUGUUGCCCCAAAUCCCUGCCCGAGGAACUUCUGGAAGAACUACUGGGAGCGAGACUGAAAUGGGGCAAUCCAUGGUAACCCCCCUGAGUCUCACCCUCGACCAUUGGCAAGACGUCCAAAACUGUGCCAGCAACUUGUUGGUCGAGGUCAAAAAGAAGAAGUGGGUAACCCUCUGCACUUCUGAAUGGCCAACCUUCAACGUAGGCUGGCCCAAAGAAGGAUCCUUUAAUCCCGAUCUUGUUUCACAGGUCAAAUCCCACAUCUUCAUUCCAGGCCCUAGAGGACAUCUCGACCAAGUUCCAUACAUCGUGACUUGGGAAAACCUGGUUUUUGACCCACCACCAUGGGUCACCCCCUUCGCUACCCCAAAACCCCUCCUCUCUUCCCUUCCUAACAAGCCCUCCCUUCCUCCUCCCGCUCCUCUUAUUCCUGUCCCUCCUCAGACCGCCCAAACCUCUAGACUAUACCCUAUACUGGAUAAAUCCAAGCCCUCCGUUUCUCCUAAGUCAAAACCUCGGACUGUCCUUCCGCCCGAGGAAAAUACCUUAAUAGACCUACUAACAGAAGAACCCCCACCUUACCCUCCUCAACCUCUCCCCGACACCAACCCUCAUCCGGAUUCCUCCGAGGAGGAUGAGGAACCCCCAACUGCUGGGACCCACCCAGACCCCUCUCCGAUGGUGGGAAGACACCGAGGGCGCAAGGAGCCUACAACUUCUAGGGAAACUUCAAAAGUUUUCCCCUUGAGACAGACUGGAGGCCCUAACGGUCAAUAUCAACACUGGCCUUUCUCUGCCUCUGACCUUUAUAACUGGAAAACCCAUAACCUUUCCUUCUCGAGUGACCCUGUGGCCUUAACCUCUUUGAUUGAGUCCAUUCUAGUGACCCACCAACCGACCUGGGAUGACUGCCAGCAGCUUCUCCAAACUCUCCUCACCUCCGAGGAAAGACAAAAAGUCUUAUUAGAAGCCCGUAAAAAUGUUCCUGGGGACAAUGGGCGUCCCACACAGCUCCCCAAUCUGAUUAAUGAGGCUUUUCCCUUGACGCGGCCUGAUUGGGAUUACAACACUGAUGAAGGUAGGAACCACCUACGUCUCUAUCGCCAGUUACUCAUAGCGGGUUUCCAUGGGGCUGGACGAAGGCCCACCAAUUUGGCUUAGGUAAGACAAACUGUUCAGAGGGCGGACGAAACCCCUACUGCAUUUCUAGAAAGAUUGAAGGAGGCAUAUCGAAGGUUUACUCCUUUCGACCCAGAUAGUGAGGAACAGAAAGGCAAUGUCUCUAUGGCAUUCAUUUGGCAAUCUGCCCCUGACAUUAGAAGCAAGCUACAAAGGUUGGAUAAUCUGCAGGAUUUCUCCCUAGCAGAUUUGUUAAAGGAAGCAGAAAAGAUUUACAAUAAGAGGGAAACUCCAGAAGAAAAAGAAGAGAGGAUUAGGAAAGUGCAGGAAGAGAGGGAUUUGAGAUACCGAGAAGAAUUAGAUAAGAGGGAUCGAAAGCGUAAUAAAGAAAUGAGUAAAGUACUGGCCGCAAUAGCUCAGACAGGGCCACAAGAGACUAGGCCAGGGAAAGAAAGGGGACGAAGCAGGCCCCAAGUGGAACACGACCAAUGCGCCUACUGUAAGGAAAAAGGACAUUGGGUAAAAGACUGUCCAAAAAAUCCCAAAAGGCUCCCCAACUCAAGGAGGUAUCCCAACAAAACCCCUCAACUACUAACUUUGGAUGAUGAAGAUUAGGGACGUCAGGGCCAGGAGCUCCCCCCUGAGCCCCGGAUAACUCUACAAGUGGGGGAGCAACCGGUAACCUUCCUAGUGGACACAGGAGCCCAACAUUCAGUGCUGACGCAGGACCCUGGACUCCUAAGUGGAAGGACAACAUGGGUCCAGGGGGCCACCGGAUGCAAACCGUAUCGAUGGACCACUAAAAGAGAAGUCCACCUUGCCUCAGGUAAGGUCUCCCACUCAUUCCUGCAUGUGCCCAACUGUCCAUACCCAUUACUAGGAAGAGACUUACUAACCAAACUAAAAGCCCAGAUUUGUUUUGAGAAUGGAAGGGCCUCUAUAAGUGGGCCCAACGGGGUGCCUCUCCAUAUAUUGACUUUUAACUUGGAAGAUGAAUAUAGACUAUUUGAAAAACUCCCCGAACUUGGCAAAGAUAUGGACUAUUGGCUCAGCUCCUACCCAGAGGCCUGGGCUGAAACUGGGGGAAUGGGAAUGGCAAUACGCCAAGCCCCCAUAGUGAUCUCACUCAAGACCACUGCAAUACCUAUCAAUAUUAAACAAUACCCCAUGUCCAGGGAUGUUUACCUAGGCAUUAAACCGCAUAUCAAGCGACUCCUAGAUCAAGGCAUACUGACACCUUGCCGAUCACCCUGGAACACCCCCUUACUCCCAGUCAAAAAGCCAGGGACUCAAGACUAUUGCCCGGUCCAAGACUUAAGGGAAAUAAACAAGAGAGUGGAAGACAUCCACCCCAUGGUACCCAACCCUUACAACCUCCUCAGUACCUUGCCUCCCACCCACACCUGGUAUACUGUCCUAGACUUGAAGGAUGCAUUCUUCUGCUUGAGGUUGAGUCCCCAGAGCCAGGCCCUAUUUGCAUUUGAAUGGAAGGAUCCUGAGGAAGGACUCUCAGGACAAUUGACCUGGACCCGGUUACCACAAGGAUUUAAGAACAGUCCAACACAUUUUGAUGAAGCCCUACAUCAGGACUUAGCUGAUUUCCGGACCCACUUACGCGCAUUACAGUUAGUCCAAAAUGAAGUCUGGAAGCCCCUAGCGGCAGCCUACAAGGAACAACUGGAGAAACCAACAGUGCCACACUCCUUCAAGAUAGGGGACACCGUCUGGGUCCGCAGGCAUCAGAACAAAAACCUUGAACCUCGCUGGAAAGGACCUUACACCGUCUUACUGACCACCCCCACCACCAUCAAGGUAGACGGCAUUGCAGCUUGGGUCCACGCAUCCCACGCGAAAGCUGCACAUCCACAAGACUCCACCCCUGCACCCCAGGAAUCAACAUGGAGGUUACAACGCACCCAAAACCCACUAAAGAUAAGACUUUCACACUGUUAAUUAUCUUAGC